AUGUUACAGGAAAGCAUGACGUUCAAGUCGGAGUCGACGUCUGGCACCACGUCCAGUAAGGCGAGUAGCCUGUUCGACCUGGACCAGAACGGCGAAAAAUCUAUCCUCGUGUACAAGUAUCGCUCAGGCGCAAAGGGCCUAGAGGUCAAGACUGAGCGUGAUCUUUGCACUGAACUCGACCAAGAUCCGUCAUUACCCUUCAUACGCGUCACAAAGAAGCCUAUACCGCGCGGCAACAGUCGGCUUGACAUACUCAACGAAGACCUACUCGCCCCCUCGGAACGCGAAAAGUACGCAGAGAAGCCUACGCUCAAGGCUUCCGUCGCAAAUGUGGGACUGCCCACGCUCGCCAAGUGGAAACACAUGAUAUUGGGCAGCUACGACGAUCUCUAUAUCGUCUCGCGCUCGCAUACCUUGUCGCCUGAGGCGAGCAAAAACAACAGUCCAGAGUCCAGUCAGCACGUCAACUCGUUUCCUAGAGAAACGGUGCACAGCGAUGAUGCCUAG